AUGAUAUUCUACUUCCAGUACGAGAAACAGCGAUUGGAGCGAAAGAGAAUCGUGGAGAUGAGUAAGGGCUAUGGCAAGCCUAAGGUGGGAGGGCCGUUCCAGCUGCGUGACGUGGAUGGCAAAGAGUAUACGGAAAAAGACCUAUUGGGCAAAUAUACACUGAUCUACUUCGGCUUCACCCACUGCCCGGAUAUUUGCCCCGACGAGCUCGACAAGAUGUCUGAAGCCAUCGACAUUAUCCAGAAACAAGCCCCCAACGCGCUGCGUUCGAUCUUCGUCUCCGUUGACCCAGCGCGCGACUCUCCCGAGGUUCUCCGUUCCUACGUUGAUGAGUUCCAUCCCUCGCUCAUAGGCCUGACGGGAACCUGGCAGCAGGUCAAAGAAAUGUGCAAACAAUACCGCGUAUACUUCUCAACACCGGCGGAGCUCAAGCCUGGCGAAGAGGACUACUUGGUGGACCACAGCAUUUACUUUUACGUGAUGGACCCAGAAGGCGACUUCGUGGAGUGUAUUGGAAGACAGGACACACCGGAGAGUGCGGCGGGCAUUGUGCUGCAGCAUAUCAAGGACUGGAAGCGCGAGGGCAAGCCUAUUGACACCACGCCGCUACCAUACUUGACGCAGAAGGCAGCUGUAGCAGUGACUCGUGCUUGA